AUGGGCCAACGCCAUACGGUCGCCACGUGCGCAGGCAUGAGGAAGCCCACACUCCCAGCCCACGUGAGCGGACAUGCAGAGCAUGCCGUGCGCCUGCAUGCGUGGGGGAAGGGCGAGGCGAGCAGGGGGCAGCCGGCAGUCUCCAGGCCCAGCGGGCAAGAAGGGGGAGGAGGCGACAAUCUGCAGGCCGAGCAGGUUGGGCAGGGUGAGUACAGCGUGUAUGGGAGCCUGUCGACAUGCAGUGAAGGAAAGGGGGAUGGGGAGGCUGACAGGAAGGGGGGGUGGGCAGGGGGAUGGGUUAGAGAGGAAGGGAAGGUGGGUGGGGAGGGGGAACAGGAGGGGGGUGGGGAGGGGGAUAGGCAGGUGACGAAGGCGGAUGGGAAGGGCAGUGGAGAGGAGGGGGAGGAGAGGGUGGGAUAUGAUGAGCGGAGAGGAAGCGGCGAGGGGCAUGGCGGUGAGGCGGUGAGGCGGUGA